UCUUAACUUUUCAAAACUAGACAGCCCUCCAAAGGCAAGAAACAUGGUCAAAACAAGAGAUAAAACAAACAGACACACAUAGAACUCAAAAGUGUUCUCUUUCUCAUCUAUCUAAAGUUUUCUUUUUCUUUUCUGGUUUCCAAUUCAGUUCUGCUUUUUUUUUCAUGGAUCAUGAUAUAGAGAAGAGACUCACAGUAAUGAUUGAUCACAGACGGCUAAACCAAUCUGCAUCAUCACCACUUUUCACUGUGUUUUCGAUCACUUUUAUAGCUCUGAUCUUGGUUACAACGUUGGUUCGGAUGUCUAAUUUCUCGAUGCAACUGCGGAGUGAUGAUUACUCAGAGGUGAAGAUAGAGAUCAAAAGAGUGAUUCCACACUUACCUCUAAGCUCUGAGAAGGAUGGUGAAAGGAAAAAUCCGAUCAAGCAAAAAUAUACACAACAAACGAUGCAAUCUCCUAAUCUGAAAACCAAAGAGAAACUCCAAGUUAUUGAGACUUUUAGUGGAGAUAACUUGUCUGAGAAGUUUCAAAAGAGGGUUAUUGAGUUUGUCGGUGAUGGAUGUGAAGUCAACUUCGUCAUGACAUGGAUAUCAUCAGCAGAGUUCUUCGGCAAAAGAGAGGUAUUAGCUAUUGAAAGUGUCUUUAAGUCUCAUCCUCGUGGUUGCUUAAUGAUCCUAUCCGCAACCUUGGAUUCUCCUCAAGGUUAUACAAUCUUCAAACCGUUUCUCGAUCGUGGUUACAAAGUUCUUGCAGUCACACCGGAUUUGUCUUUUCUACUCAAAGGAACCGCGGGAAAAUCAUGGCUCGAGGAAAUAAAGACUGGUAAAACAGACCCCGGGAAGAUACCUUUAGCUCAGAAUCUCUCAAACCUCAUGAGGCUUGCUUACUUGUACAAAUAUGGAGGUGUUUACUUAGACACAGACAUGAUUGUUCUGAAAAGCUUCAAAGGUCUUAGAAACGUGAUUGGAGCACAAACUCUUGAUCCUUCGUCGAAAAAUUGGACAAGAUUGAACAACGCGGUACUAAUAUUCGACAAGAAACAUCCUCUGUUACUCAAAUUCAUCGAAGAAUUCGCUAACACUUUCAACGNA